AUGGCGACCUUUAUCAAUCUGGAGGAUUCCCCAAUGUUUCAGAAACAGGUUUGUUCCUUGGAAGGGACAGCUGAAGGGCUUAGAGGUCGUUGUCAGAAGCUAUACAAAGGUGUUAAGAAGUUUAUGGGGACUUUGGGAGAAGCAACCAAAGGAGAAAUUGCCUUUGCAGAUUGUCUAGAAGAGUUCGGGGCAGGGCAUGAUGAUCCUAUCAGUCUUUCAAUUGGAGGCCCCGUUAUAUCCAAGUUCAUAAAUACACUUCGAGAGCUUGCCUCUUAUAAGGAGUUUCUUUGCUCACAGGUGGAGCAUGUGUUACUUGAGAGGUUGAUGAACUUUAUUAAUGUUGAUCUACAAGAAGCUAAGGAGUCUCGCCAUCGAUUUGAUAAAGCUGCUCAUUCGUAUGAUCAGUCACGCGAAAAGUUUGUGUCCUUAAAGAAGAAUACAAGAGGAGAGAUUGUUGCAGAGUUGGAAGAGGAUCUGGAGAACUCAAAGUCAACAUUUGAGAAGAGCCGUUUCAAUCUAGUCAAUUCACUGAUGACUAUUGAAGCUAAAAAGAAGUAUGAGUUUUUGGAAUCUAUAAGUGCAAUUAUGGAUGCCCAUCUGAGAUAUUUUAAACUUGGAUAUGACUUGUUGGGUCAAAUGGAACCAUUUAUCCAUCAGAUAUUGACAUAUGCUCAACAAUCAAAAGAACAGUCUAAGAUUGAACAAGAUCGACUAGCAAGACGCAUUCAAGAAUUCAGGACCCAGUCUGAAUUAGACAGCCAACAACUUGCCGCUGACGCAGAGCCCUCUGGUGUUAAUGGAAAUCGUGUUGUUGGUACUGUACCUUAUAAAAAUACGGAAACAAGUUUAACAGCAGACAAGGAAGUAAUUAAACAGGGUUAUUUAUUAAAACGAUCGUCAAGUUUGAGAACUGAUUGGAAAAGGAAGUUUUUUGUCCUUGAUAGCCAUGGCUCCAUGUACUAUUACAGAAACAAUGGCAAUAAAUCAAUGGGAUCUCAGCAUCACUAUAGUGGUUCAUCUGACCAUAAUAGUGGCGUCUUUGGUCGAUUUCGUGCAAGACACAAUCGAUCAGCUUCGCUCACUGAGGGAAGCUUAGGCUACAAUACUAUCGAUCUCCGCACUUCUUUGAUAAAACUAGAUGCAGAAGACAUGGAUCUUCGGCUCUGUUUCAGAAUUAUUUCUCCUCAAAAAACUUACACACUUCAGGCUGAAAAUGGAGCGGAUAGGAUGGACUGGGUAAAUAAAAUCACAACAGCUAUAGGGACGCUUCUGAAUUCUCAUUUUCUGCAACAGUCACCAGUGCAAUAUUUGGAUAAAGACUACGCUAGUUCUGCUCCUGCUAAAGGUGUCGUCUCCCUGGAUCAAAGUCGGCAUAAUGAUGUAAGACGAAAUAUCGGGGAUGAUGUCUCCACAAUACUCAGAGGAAUUCCGGGGAAUAAUGUAUGUGCAGAGUGCAAUGCUCCUGAGCCCGAUUGGGCAUCGUUAAAUCUUGGAGUUUUGUUGUGCAUUCAAUGCUCUGGUGUUCACAGGAACCUCGGGGUUCAUAUAUCCAAGGUGAGGUCCAUCACAUUAGAUGUGAAAGUGUGGGAGCCAACGAUCUUGGACUUAUUUCGAAAUUUGGGCAAUUUGUACUGUAAUUCACUGUGGGAGGGACUACUUCACCUUGACAAUGACUGUGAAGAUGAAUCAACAUCAUCACGAGCUUCAGUUUCGAAACCAUGUCCAGAAGAUUCAUUUACUGUGAAGGAGAAAUACAUUCUAGGGAAGUACCUGGAGAAAGCAUUAGUCAUCAAAGAUGAAAGCAAAGCAAACCCUUCUGCUGCGAGUAGAAUAUGGGAAGCUGUUCAAAGCAGAAACAUACGAGAAAUCUAUCGACUCAUAGUAACUUCUGGGGAUGUGAAUAUCAUCAAUACCAAGUUCGAUGACAUAACCGAUAUCGAUGCAUAUCACCAUUUUGAUGCGUCGGAGGAAGCAGUAAAGAAAAGACAUGACCCAACCGUGUGUCAGAGAAUCAAAGACUCCAACGAACCCGGAAACUGCCUUCAAGGCUGUUCCUUGCUCCAUGUUGCUUGUCACAUUGGUGACUCUGUCUUGCUUGAACUGUUGUUGCAGUUUGGUGCUGACUUAAACAUGAGAGAUUAUCACGGUAGGACUCCGUUACACCAUUGCAUAUCAUCAGGGAACCACAAAUUUGCAAAGAUCCUACUGCGAAGAGGAGCACGUCCAUCGAUAGAAGACGAUGGAGGGCUAAGCGUGCUGGAAAGGGCAAUGGAAAUGGGAGCCAUAACCGAUGAAGAGCUUUUUCUUCUCUUAGCCGAGUGCGCUUAA